AUGAGGCAGCCAAUUUCUGCUUGGCUCUGCAAUGAUCUUCUGCCUGGGGAUCAAGUCGCCGAACUUGCCCUCGACCCAACAGACUGGGAUUUGUCGGGCAUUGAGGACAGUGGCAUCUUAGAGGAGCUGCAUGAAGUGAUUCUUUGCGUGUCUGCCUCUAAUCUUCAGGACAAAACGAAAGAGUUGCAGAAUAAGAGGAAAGAGCCAAUGCCCGCCUUGGAAAUGUUCCUGGAGCCCGCCAUCGACAGGAUCGAAAAUGAGUACGCCCAAGCAGACAACGUGUACAGAGAAUGGAAACUGGUGGAAGACCAGAAUGUCAUGUCCACUUGCCUUGUGGUCGGAAUGACCACUUCGUGCGCUGCUUCGCGCCAGACAAUUUUGAAGAACCUCAAGCCCAGCGUUGUCAUUGUGGAGGAAGCAGCAGAAGUGCUAGAAGCACAUGUUGUCGUGUCGUUAACUGGUGAUGUAGAGCAUUUGAUUAUGAUUGGUGAGUAUCGCAAAAUAACCUCUAAACCCUAAACUAGGCAAUCCUUCCGUGGGGGAUAGUCAGAUGCCGAUGCCCUAUCUUCGGACUAGUGCUCUUAUUUCUGGCAAUUUGCAGAGAAAUGCUAAAAUUGUCGUUUGUAGUGAGAUUUUGGAUUCGAUAUUGUGAGAACGUUCAGAACCAACAGUUCCCAAGUCACUCCAACUCGAUGGCCGGAUCGGGUCGGAUACGCUGUCAAAGCGAGUCAGAUUUCUCGGAGAAAUGUAAGGGAAGUGCUGGACCAGCAAACGAGAACGACAUAUUGAAGGCUCGGCAAUGAUGGGCGGGUUGGUUGGGUCAGCG